AUGGCUGCAGGCUGCUGUGGAGUAAAGAAACAAAAACUAAAUAAUUCUAUGCCUGCAAUCUGUUGCAAUGGAACUACAGUCCAUCCUCACAAUACCAAGAACGAUAGACACGAAUUCCAUAAUGGUCACUGUAGUAGUGGUCCGCCGAACGGUCUUACGAUAAAGCCGGACAUGUGUGUGUACUGUUUUGAUGUUCUCUUGAACCAUCUAAACAAUACUCAGACACCCCCGCCAAGACCUCAUUUCACAAAUGAUGAAUAUCCAUUGUUUGUGACAUGGAAGUUUGGCAAGGAGCGUCAUCUUCGUGGAUGUAUAGGGACCUUCUCAGCCCAGAAGCUACACAAUGGACUCAGGGAAUAUGCUAUCACAAGUGCAAUGAAAGAUAGUCGUUUUGAUCCAAUCAAGAAAGAUGAAUUGACCAAACUCUACUGCUCCGUUUCCCUCCUUACCAACUUUGAAGAGGCCAAGGACUAUCUCGAUUGGGAGGUCGGUGUCCAUGGCAUUAGGAUAGAAUUCCAAAUCGAUAAACAGCCAAAGCCCAGAACCGCCACCUAUCUACCCGAGGUCGCAAAAGAACAAGGUUGGGACAGGGUACAAACUAUUGACUCUCUCCUGCGUAAAGGAGGUUUCAAAAAGGAUAUCACAAAUGAGAUUCGAAAGUCAAUAAAACUGACGCGUUAUCGUAGCGAAAAGAUAACGCUAAGUUACACCGAAUACAUGGCUAGGCGGCAGCAAGUUCGAAUGAUGAAUGGUCAGGUUUGAUGAUAGCUUUGUACAGCGGUCAUGGACAGCCCCAUUACCACCGCCAUCUUCUAUCCUAACAGCACCACCUGGAGGACAUUUUCAUCACAAUCAUCGCGACAUCAUGGCAGCAUUGAGCCGAAGCCCUAACGUCAUGGCACCAUAGGAAACACCAGAAUGAUUUUAUUUCUCAGUUUUAACAUAUCGGCUGGGAAAUUGGUGCCUUCGACAAUAUCCAAUGAUCAUAGGGUUGGAAGGAGGAAAACUCAAAUUCAAGACAUUUCCCAAAUAUUUUGCGCGAUGUUUUUUGGCUUGUGGAUUUAUCUGUGUCUUAGUUACAAAGUCAGAAUGAUCAUUGGAUUGCUAACAGAACUCAACUCCAAAUCUUUGUUUUUUUCACAUCGUUUUCCUGAGUGGAAAUAUUCUUUUUUUCUGGCAAUUCAAUCAGUUAUCAUUAUCCUAAAAAAUAUUGUUGACAAAAAAUCAUCUAGAUUUAAAAUGAAGUAGAGCUACACUGUUAAUAUUCAUUCCUUAAUAUUGAACUAGCUGGUUAGCAUUUGAGACGUAAUUUGUCUUCAUCUGCUCUAGUGUAAACUUGCCAGUUCAAAAUAUCCUCAGCAAAUGUAUAAAUAAACUGUCCUCUAGUCAGUACAUGGUGUACCGAAAAGAAUGCAGAAUCGGUUUUAUUGGAGAAGACAUUAUUGACAGAUGGUGUACCACCGGUCAAUAUAAUAGCAUUAGGCAGCAAUAGAACAUCAUAGUAAGCUCCUGAAGUGUCUAAGGCCAACUGCUUGCACCUGGAAAUGUCUGUCAAUUCUACAAAUGACUUUUGGCAAGGGUGACCUACCAUUCUUUCUGUUACACCCUGUAUUGUAACUUAAAUAUCAAUCAGAUCGAUCAUUCAGUCAUCUGUCGUUUGUCAUAGGCUGUGCACGUGACGUCAUCGCGUAAAAAUACACCAUUUUGGAAAGGAAAUGAUGUCAUUGUCCAGCAUGGUGUGUUUAUUGUCGGUGGUGUCAUUGAGUCAAGGACACAUAUUGAUGUCCAGAAUGACGAGUGACGUCAUUGCACAGCCUAUAUUGAACUUUUUCUAAACUGACCAUUGUAUUCAUCUUGUCAGUCUUUAAAUUGUUCAUGAGCUGAAGUUGGGAGUGUUGCACUCGGAGUCUACGUGUAGCUUGUCUAAUGUUACUGAAAUAGACCUUGCUAGUCCAGUACUAAAAUAGACCUUGCUGGUCCAGUACCUUGCUAGUCCAGUACUGAAAUUAACCUUGCGAGUUCAGUACUGAAAUAGACCUCGCUGGUCCAGUACUGAAAUAGACCUCGCUGGUCAGUACUGAAAUAGACCUUGCUAGUCCAGUACUGAAAUGAACCUUGCAAGUUCUGUACUGAAAUAGACCUCGCUGGUCCAGUACUGAAAUAGACCUCGCUGGUCAGUACUGAAAAAGACCUGGCGAGUCCAGUACUGAAAUGAACCUUGCUAGUCCAGUGCUCUGUGUGCAUCUCCCAGUUUCCUGCAAAUUUUGGACAAAAAUGUCUGUGAUCAAUUCGACUGAUCAUAAUGGAGAUAAUGAGGGCUAUCCAUCCAUCCACAUGGUGCUAUAAUCACCUUGCGCUGUCCAUAACACCGCUGUACAUCAUUAAUGUAAAGAUCUUAGGGAACGACUUAUGUAAAACUAGCCCAGUUCAUGUGGGAGAUGUUUCUUAAAAGGAUCUAAUUGGGGUUCAAAGUAGGAUUAGAGGCAGUGUGUUUAUAAUGAUGAAGUUACUUACAUGUAUAUAGACAGUGCUUCUCAGUAGUUAAACUGUGAAGACAUUAUUUGGGAUCAUUGUUAUCAUGGUCUCCCCUGAAAAUAUUACUGGGAGUUUCAAGGAAUAGUUGCAAAGCCCUCACUUCUACUCAACCAGUGGGGAACCAACUAGCACCUCAGCUUGAAAUUGAACCUAUGAUCUUUGGAUCAUAAGGGGAUGCCCUACCACUUCCCUGCAUGGCACUUUCCUGUUUGUUCAUUGGAGAAAUUUACUCCUGGACCCCAUUUAUGAUAACUUUUGCAAGAAACCUUUACCAUGUGAACUGGGCAUAUCAUAGUAUCUCAGUAUUUAUAUAAUAAUCAUAUAAUAUCAUUGACUUUUAUAUUUUUACACUGAGGAUAGAUACGCAGAAUGCAGUUGUGAUCGUGUCAGACGAAGCUGUGGAAUUUUAACAUGCUAUUAAAGAAAGCGUUUUAUAGUGUUGGCUUGGCUGCAGUUGAUGGAACAAUGGAUCACGUCUCAACGGAUAUCGACCUGAAUGAACGGGUAUAGGAUAUGCUUAUGAAUCACGCCACCUUUUGGGAAGACGAAGUUCAUCGCUGAAUUCUGUAUGGUGUCCUUUUUGGCCAUUUCUUGGAAAAUGUGAUCGAACUUCAGAAAUAAUUCUGAAAUUGUAGAAGUUGGAAGCAGUUUUGGGUAUGCAGAUAUUAUUUGACCAGUUGACUGCCGGCUCAUUUUGUGUGUACUUGGGUGUUCAUACUCUUAGUGGUCUUUUGAACACCCAUACUAUUGAGUGUUCUCUUUGUGGAGUAAUCUGCAGUACAUAUGAGUAUACCUGUAGCAGGCAAGUCUAGAGAACAUACCAAUCCCUAGCAUUCUCGUUCUGGCGGUCAACAUGUUAUUUUAUCAAGGGAAGAUCUACGGUUCAUUUUAUUAAAAGCAUUUUAUUACCAGCGGAAAGAUAGUUGAGAUUGUUGUGAAAGUUAAGGAUUGGAGAUUGUUAGAAAGUUAAGGAUUGAGUUCAAAUGUUGAAAUGUUAUAAACAUAUGUGGAAUAUGUUGCUAAAGAUUUGAAUAGAUUGGUGUGACGAAAACGUACUAAGGUUGAAAAAGUUCCGUGAUCAUCGUGUCAGCUUUGAAUCAUGUAAAAAACUAGGAUUAUAUCUAAUAUUGACGUGUGUGGAAAGGACACUGAUGUAGUGUACCGCCAGCAUACAUGUACAUUUACAUGCAGUAAACAUUGGGCUUAUUAUAACAGUUUGUUUCACCCGACUUGAGCUAAAACCACUGUGCACUCUUUGCAUGCUUGGUGCUAGGUUUUCAUCCCCAUUUUCCAGUAAUAGACUCUUCUGAUAAAUACAUAAGGAUAGUCUAUUCAGGAACAUAGGGUGUAGAGGUUUUUAAAGGUCUGUGCUGAUCCCUGUUGCUUCAACCUUUUCAACCCCACUUCCCUGUAUAGACUCUUCUAGAUCAUGCUUCGGAAGAAUCCAUUGACAAAAGUGGGGGUGUCAAGGUGACAAAGAGUGAUCUCAUUUUAAAAGGAUGGCUUGCCUAGUCCGUUGUUUGAAAGUUUCAUUGUUAUAAAUUGCUGUAUAAAGGAGUUUUGCAACUUUCUGAUGAUGGACCAUAAUCGCAUGUGUAUACUAUGAUUGAACUUUUAGCUCAAAGGGUCAAGGGGACUAUACUCUAACCUAUUUAGUAAAGUUAUAAAUGAAGACGGCUUUCUAAACAAAAUAUUGAAGUAAAAUAAAAAACAACUCUAUUGAAUUGAGCAAAUUGUCGAAAAGACAAGGACCCUCUUAUACCUCUGUGAGGCUGGUUUUACAAAGGAUUUACCGAGUCACAAGUCACUUGUCACAAGCUGGUUUGUUGGUUGACUCAGGCUUGAAAACAUGACAUGAUCUGAGUGUGAGAUGUCAAAUGUGGACGCCUGUCUAGUCCUCUCGUUGGAACUGGUGUGUUCUUCUUGUCACACGUGACCGGUGACAAGUGACAUAUUACAGGUGACAAGUGACACAUUACAGGUGACAAGUGACACAUUACAGGUGACAAGUGACACAUUACAGGUAACAACAUGAAUUCUCUGUAAGCCGAGCCUGAAAUAAAGGAAGUGUUGAUAAUUAUGAAAGAUAACUUAGAACUUCCAUUAAUUCUAAAGAAUAAGUUAACGCUUUAGUCCCGUUUGAUAAUGAUUUGAAAAGUAUUUUAUUGGCGAGUCAGAAAUGAAAUGAAAGUUUUUAUUUUUUGUCAUGGAUAGUGAUUUGAUGUUGUGUAUAUGAAUGAAGAGCACUAACUCAAUAGUCCUGAGCUGAUUAACCCUACUCUGUGGCUUAGACAGCUGCUCAAGUGAGGGCUGGCUAAUUUGUUCGAGCUUAUUUUAGAGUGCAUACGGACUCUGGUUUAGUGUGUCUUUCUGGCAAUAUAGGGCUUGUCUAAUAUGAAAAAAUCAGGUAUGAACAACAUUGUCUUUCUAAAAACUACAUCAAGAAGGAGGCAUUUCUUAUGAAAUCGUUGCUGUAAUUGACAUCAUCCUAAAUCUUGGGUAAUAUUUCAGUAUAAUCGUGAAAUCACCCUUGUUGAUGCAGGGGUGUUUAUUUUAGUGACCUCAUUUCAUUGGAGGGUUGUGUUCAAGUGAUAAUCACCUGCUAACAGCUGAGUGAGCAUAUGUCUAUAACAUCGGUGGACAGAGCUUUGAAAUGAUAUUUGCAAGCAGGAAAGGGUGAGUACAUUUUCUUGGGCGGUGAAAAUGGAAAGGCAGACUCAAAAGCUUGCCGGGUGAUAAUCACUUUAACCCCUCAGUGUCCGUUGAGGUGACUUUAAUAUGUGACAGAUAACAGCAUUUUGUGCAGCAUAUUUAGUGGGCUCACCCACUCUAUGCAAAAUGAACCACAGGUGUAUCUUAUGAAAGUUGUGGAAGGUACCAAUAUUACAAUAGGGUGGACAAGUGCUGCAGAGGGAUGUUAUAAUUCAUCUUGGGUCCCUCGAGGGUGCCUUUGUUUCAUUGCUAGUUUGCUGGGCAUGUAUAUAAUUCGAUGUCCUCGUGGACUUGUGAUGGAGAACUAUAAAAUGAUUACAUCACAGGGGUGACCCAGUUAUAUUGCUGUGUAUGUAAAGUGUCAUUCAAACAUUUAAGACAACAGCUUGGAACAUAUAGAUGUGAACUUCAAAUAAAAUGAAAUAAGUGUGAAAAUUUGUCAGCUAAUUGAAAUUGUGUUGAGGUGUGUCCCAAAAUGGUGACUGCUUAUGAAAAAUUCAGGCUGAAAUGAAAACUAAUAAAGAGGCUAAAUCAAAUUUGCUUGGAGCCUAUUUCGAAAGAUGUGUAUUAGCAUUUUGAAAAUGAUAUUGGAAUGAUUUCCAAUUUUAACUGAUCUAAAGAAACUGCUGAAGUGAUCUAAAAGAAAGACCAAAGUUGGUCACAGCAAAAUAAUGAGCAAAAAAUUACUAUGAUUGUUGUCCUGUCUGAAGUAGUUUCUUUAUAUCGGUAUUUCAAAUACUUAUAGAAUCAAUAAAAGAAAGAAAAUGAGAAAAAAAUAAUCUGGUUUGACUUAAUGAAUGUAAGCCAAUUGGCACCUAGUUAAAAUUAUUAUAUAAAAUGUUGUAUGAAAACUUUAGCCUCUUUAUGUAUUGGUAGGUGUAUAUGUGCACGUUUAUAUCUGAACUGGCGAGAUGGUUGGUCAAUUCUCACAAUGAAGUUCUGUUCCAAGAGUUUUGUAUAACCUUUGCACCCCCUUUCUUUGUAUGGACUCUUCCAGUAAAUGCAUUAGGCUGAGUUCACAUAGAGUUCACAUUGUCAAUUACAAUGAAGCAUUUCUUAAAUGUGGGCUACUUGGGAUUCAUGAUGUCAUUUUUUGCCUCAUGUCAUGUUUUAAAACCAGAGUGGGCAAAAGCAUUUGCUCUGACAAGUGAAAUGUGACACCUUAACCGAGAUGGACAGAUUCCUAUGUAAACUUGGUUCGUGACAAGUAAGCCUUGACAGCAUCAAUCUUAUGUAAAUUAGUGUUGGGAGAGUCCAUUCUAGAAUUAGAAAAUAGGGGUGUGAAACUAAAAACUUGUUUGACACUAGUAGAAUGGUAACCAUGGUAAUGAUAAUGUAAUGGAGUUUUUUUUGGUUUUGGUGAAUGAUUUUCGAGUGACGGAAUUCGGGUAUCAGAAAGUUUGUUCUUGAUGACCUUGACUGGUCAGCAAUGCUCUGCAUGAUGUCGUUGUUCCUGGUUUUCCUCAGAAUUCGUCGAUGACAAAAUUGAACAAAGUUGUGUUAGGCAUUGGUGACCAUUCAGGGUGUUGAUUCUUUGAAUAAAAACACAACAUAAAUAGGAAAUAUAAACAAUGUCUUCAUCGUCUUGAACUUGGAAGCAAAAAGAGCCAUACAUCAGUGUUUUUUGUAUUUUCAAAUCUAACUUUCAACCAGGUUUUUGUGUGUUGGACCAAAUAAUAUCAAAACUAAUAAUGUAUGACUCAAGAAUGUUUUGCUCUUGUUUUAGCACAAAUUUUAUAACUCGUGUACUUCUGGGCACUCCUGUGUUCUUUUAAUAUUUGGGUGAAAUUUUGUGGUUGUUUUGACGUUUUAUUAAUCAUUAAUACUUGUUGUAGACGGAUGUAGGUUGGAGAUGUUUGCUGACUUGUUGAUGUAGGAGAAGUUGUAUCGAGAUGGGACGGAGGAAAUUUAAUUCGGAGAGCAUCAUCGUCAUCACUUCCAUAGAAAAUAUUGCCAAUAGAUGAACGACUGAUUGUGACAUUUAAAAAACUGAGUAGAUUAUACUCUGUUCUAUCUCGGUACACCGGAAUCAAUUAUUCUAUGGGCGUUAUAUGGAUGUAUAUUGUCGGAGAGUGGGUGUAGAAUCGUGUAUAAACUAGGUUAUUUGUUUUGCAAGCCUCGGUCUUCCUGCUACCAAUUCAUAGAAAUGUUUUAUUCCGUGGGUCCUGUUGCAAUUUGUUCAUUGAUAUCCCAAUUGUUGGUCCAGCAAAAGAAAACGAGCAAGGAUCACCUGUUGUUGGGGUCCUACCAUUCCUGCUGGUUAUUUCAAAUUUCAUGUCACAGUGCCAAUAUGAUGUUUUGCUGAAAACCACCGUCUGCUGAGGAGCAAACAUGAUGAAGAAAAGAAACCUUUUACAUCAGUGACGUAACGGCGUCUGCCCGAAAUCUUAGCUGGCUAUGAUGAACCAUUUCAGAAAAGUUUGGACGAGAAUUACUAAUUGUUUUGACAAAAAAUAAAGGGAGCUUUUACGAUGGUUUAAAAUGGUCUCAAAUUUUUUGUAUGCAUCGGAAGUGUGUUGAUAGAGGCAGUUGUUUUGCAUUCAGUAUGACUGGUGCAUGACCAUGAUCACACUGUUGUGACGGUUUGCCAUCUGGACAAAUCCAGUCCAGCAGAGUGAUGAUUGUCGUUUGUGCUGUUAAUAUUCUGUACUAUUUUGUUAAUCAGGUCAUCAAUGUGAGAGAGCUGAAUAAAACCCUGAAUCUUCUUACAAUACUUGCAGGUUUAUGUUGACGUGUACUAGUAACAUUAAUAUCGUUGUUAUCGAUGCUAUGCUUUAUUACUUAUGGUACCAAAUAAUCAGGUUCAUGCUAACUGUCACGAUAAUGAUUUUGAGGGGGCAUAAUAUGUCAAAGUCUGGCAUUGUCAUUGAUGUCAUUGGCAUUGGUAUCAGCCGUGAACUCUUCCGUUUUCUGACAGUAGCUCAGCGCUUGUCACCCAUGGGUUCAAUACCCAAUCAGAUACCUUCCCAAUGUGAUAAAUCAUGGCAAAAAGGGGGCUUUCUCCAAUACUCUCUUGCCGAAUAUUGCGGUAAAGGUACUAUGCACUUGAAGCUGCCUGUUUAGGUCACCUAUUGAGCCCCGGACUUAGAAGUUUAUGGUUUAACUCAAUAAGUCAUCAAAGACAAGUAAAAUCUGUAUCUGGUUAGUUGACCUCGAUCAGUAGGUAUCUGGUAAUAAAGCAGUGCAUGAUUGACUUCACGGGUUAUAAAAGGCAAUGGCAGCUUCUGUUUAAGAUCAAGUAUGCUUUCAAAUGAUGUAGAAUUUCUAGUAGGAUUAAUGUUGUCUAUGCCAUUAAAGUUCAUGUCAUUCGGUGCUGGAAGCUAGUUGCAUCGAUUUAGAAGUUUCGUCUCACAAGGCCAGGUCUGGUUGCAACGAUUAUCAAUAAAAUUCCUUCAUUUCUUUGGAAAUACAUCUGAAAUAACGAGAAAAAGGAACUACGGUACAAGCACUGGUGCUUUUCUUUAACAAAGAGAAGAAAAGUGAUCUUUUAUGGCUCAUUGCCGUGAUGAUUAUUGCAGGUUGCAGCCAUAAAAACCUCUCAUUUGCUGCGGCUUGACUACAGUUCAUCAUCAAGUGAAUGGGGCGAUGCUUGUUGUAUAUGUGCAUGUGUACUGUAAACUGGGUCAGGAGCUGUCGUGACUCUAAUGGUAGCACAUUGCUAAUGAAGUUUUUCAAUGCAGAUAUUGUGAUUGUGACAGCUCUUGACUGGUUUUACAGUAACUGCCUCUUCGAUUUGAUUCAGAGUUUGUCCUGUUGUGACAACUUCUUGUCCUGGUGAGCCGAAACUUUUACUGAUCUAAUUACUUCCCUGUACAUGUGGUAAAGUGCCAAGAAUUAUGUUACUGUUAAAGACAUCUGUCACUACAAGUGCUGACUAAAACACUCCUAAUGCAGUGGUCUUCCUUAUGGCAGUUGUUGAUCCCUCAGGGAAUGUGCAUGACCUAAGAAUUCCACCGUCUGAGGAGUGUUCGGCUAAGGUUGACAAAACCCUUCACCCUUGUUCAUUUCAAGAGGAUGUUUGGGGACUCUUGGAGUCUCACUCUUGCUACAAGUCGUUGAUCAUCACACUUUGGUUUAGAUAUGUUGUUGAGUGGGUCUCCGAUGCCUGUCCUCUUGAAAUGAGCACCAAAGUUGCUGUGAUCAGGCCUUAUCCCCAUCUGGGUCACUAAGUUUCUGGGGUGUACGAUCUGGGUAUCUUGCAAGUAAACCUCUGGGGAUCUGUCUUUCAUCUCCAAGUUCAUCAUCUGGGAAAAUGCCAGGCAAUGUAUCUGAGUGGACCCAUUCCUCAGUGUUUCCGCGCAUUUUUUGGGGAACACAAGAAAACGAGUGCUCGUCAAUCAUUUGAUAAGAAACACUGAGAUAUGGGAAACUCAAAAUUUCAUUGGUGCCAACAGUCUCUGGUUACGAUCCAUCGCACAAUCGAGUGUCGGCCUCCAUGGAUAUUAGACUUUAGGUAAUCAUUCACUAUGUAUUUGUAUUUUUUCUUGAUAUUGAUAAUGAAUGCAUUAUAGCAACAUGUUCUAUCAA